AUGGGUUGUUGUGCGAGCAAUCUGAAGCUCAAGGAGCUGAGCAGCCUGAACAGCAGCAUCUACCUGGCAGCCGGAGGAGCGACGCGUCGCUCCCAGAAGCGUUUGUACAGCAGUCGCAACAGCAGCGGAGUGGGCAGCAGUAGCAGCUCCUCAUCCUCAUCCAGUCGCAGCAUCUGGAGCCGCUCCAGCCAGCCGAUUUGCGAUGACUUCGCCGAGCAGCCGCAACUGGACAGAUCCUGCGGCUACUACACCUGCAGCAGUGCCAACUCGUCGCCGCGAAAGGGCCACCACCAGGACGAGCACGAGGAGGAGGAGGAGGAGGGAGUGCUGAUGCGCACGCAGGACAUGAGUGCGUCAUCGCGAGACUCCACCACACAGUCCACGCAAUCCGCCCAAAUGGCGGGCAACCUGGAGUGGGAGAUGUACAUGAUGCAGCAGGCGCAGCGCAUCAUGCCCAAGACCUCAUCGCCGAUAUGCCAGCGCAGGGACAAUGGCCAGAUGCCUGCCUCGUCGUAUCAGAAGUGGCGGAACUAUCUGCAAUCCACACCGGCGCACAUGCUGCACAAUGUCACCCACAUACCGGAGGCGAUUGCCGGCCACUUCUGUCCCACCAGCUUCCCGGGCUACAGCGACCUGGAGGAGAUGGAGAGCGCGGCCAAGCGGUUCAAGGUGGAUCUCGAGAGGGAGCCACUGGAGGAGCCGCUGUACACCACCUACCAACUGCUGGCCGGGCACACGCACACCAUAUCCACGGAUCUGUGA